GGCGCGUCCGCUCCAGCAUCAGCGGCGGCGGCGGCACCGUCAUGGCGCGGGGGUCUCCAUUCUUAUCGCUGUGUCUGGAAGAAACGCGCUCUCACUCGCUCUCCUAGUGUACCCCCCGCGAGUCAGCAAGGUGAUGCAAGCCCUCCACAGACCCGGGCUGCACCGGACACCAGACACCGAGCUCUGGCUGGACCUCCAGAACCAGAGCUCUGCGAACGGCACCGAGCUCAGCCGCUUCAGCAACCUGGAGGACAUCAAUCUGCCCGCGGACGGCACGCUGGAGCUGCGCGUCAUGAUCUCCAUCGUGUACUCGGUGGUGUGCGCGGUGGGUCUGGUGGGCAACCUGCUGGUCUUCUUCCUCAUGAAAGUCCGGCAGGGGAGGAAGAAAUCCACGAUCAACUACUUCAUCAUGAACCUGGCGGUCACAGACUUCCAGUUCGUCCUCACGCUGCCCUUCUGGGCCGUGGACACGGCGCUGGACUUCACCUGGCCGUUUGGACACGUCAUGUGCAAGGUGGUGGUCACGGUGACCGUGAUGAACGUGUACGCGAGCGUCUUCUUCCUCACCGCUAUGAGCGUGACGCGCUAUUGGUCUGUUGCGUCCGCGCUCAAGGACCGAACGCGCAACAAGCGCUGCUCUGUGAAGCUGGUCAGCGCGCUUCUGUGGCUCCUGGCCACCGUUGCGUCGGUCCCCACGGCGAUCUUCUCCACGGUGGCCUCGAUCAGCGGCGUCAAGCUAUGCCUCCUGCGCUUCCCCAACGGCCAGCACUGGCACGCUAUCUAUCACCUGCAGAAGAUCCUAGUGGCGUUCGUGUUUCCGAUGCUCAUCACAGUCGUGUGUUACCUUCUCCUCUUGCGCCUCAUUCGCCUGCGGAGCAUGAACAACAACCUCCCCAAGCGCAGGUCCAGAGUCACCAAAUCCGUCACGAUCGUGGUCUUGUCCUUCUUCAUAUGCUGGCUGCCCAACCACGCCAUCACCUUCUGGGGAGUCCUGGUCAAGUUUAACGUGAUCCACUGGGAUAAAGUCUACUACACGCUCCACACGUACGUGUUCCCGGUCACCAUUUGCCUGGCGCACUCAAACAGCUGCUUGAAUCCGGUCUUGUAUUGCCUCAUGCGCAGGGAGUUCAGGAAAAUGCUCAAGGACUUCUUCUGGAGGCUUUCGUCGCCCGCGAUCGCCAACAGCUGUCAGAUCCGCCCGUUCUCGGGAACCGUGAAGGAGCGCGACGACAGCCAGGCGGCGAUUCCUCUGAACGUGAUGGAGACCGAGGAGUACAGACUGUCGGUGGAGAACGGGCAGACCGACGCGUUACCGUCCACGGACUGCGCCGUUAAGAGGUAGACGCGCGAAGCCGUGCGUAAAAGCGCGCUGUUUACCCGAGUUACAGUACUGGAGGACUUUCUGCAAACUCCACAAGGAUGUCGUUCGACCCUAUUGUUUUAUUAUUCUUUCAAGUGAUGUUUCAAGAUGUUGCAUCCUUAAACGUUCGUGCCAAAUCGUCUCAUGCAAACCGUGCGUCCGCAGCGAGCCACAGUGCUUUUUAUCGCUUCUGUCCACGUUUCUGAAUCUCUAAGAGUGGUUUUGUUCCGUGUUAACGUGCGCGGUGAAGCAGACCUGGAUGUACAGAGUAUAGAAUUAUCCAAAUAAAAUAUUGGGCUUAAGCUGCAAUGCGAUUUGUUUGGAGAAAAUACUGUUCCAAACGACAAAGACAAGAUUUGACAAUUAUUGUUUAUGCAUACAAUUAUUAUAUGAUAUAAUACGACUAUACAUAGUUGCUAUUAUAUCUUAUCAUUAUUUAUUAGAAAUAUGUGGCCAUCCUGAUUUUUUCCUAUCUUACACACGUUUGGAGUAAAAUAUUAUUGCUGCAUUGCAUAAAAAAAAAAAAAAAAAAAUAAACUACACACACACACACACACACACACACACACACACACACACACACACACAAUACUAAGAUUUAUUUAUAGAUGUUUGAGCUAUUUUAAAUGCUUUGAACAACCCCAUCUUUUCACUUUUAUUCAGAUUUGGAGUAAGACUUUGUUUGCAUAAAAAUAAAUACUUUUUAAUGAAUGCUCAUACUGUAAAUGCACAGGAUUUUAAAGCAGCAACUUGAAAUUGCUACAUUAUUCCAAGCUGGUUUCCGACCUCCUUUUUGUUGUUUGAAUCUACUGCCUGGAAAUUCUGAAAUAAUUAAAAUGUAUUGCUCAUUUGAAGUGUAAUAAAGCUGUGUCAGUGACCUCAACCAUGUGAAGGUGAUGGUCCGAAAGGAAAUGAAUGUAAACAGUGUUACUAUGUUGUCCAUUUGAAGGGCAUAAUAAAGUUCUGUCUUAUCAUA